AUGGUAAACAAUCAAAAUGAAUUUAAUGAAAAAUUUUCUAAUAAAAAGGUAAAACAAAUAGAAAGCUUGCAUAAUCGAAGUUUUCAAGGAGAAUUAAUUAUUGAAGAUUAUUCAGAACUAAAAAUCUUAAACUUGCGAGAAGUCACGAAUAUAGACAAAAUAAUCCUUAAAAACUUGCCUAAAAAUCUUUUAGAUAGUUUGGAAUUUAUAAAAGAUUUAGAGAAUUUAGAAGAAUUAGAAGUAGAUGAAUCAAAUGAAAAUACUAAUACUUUAGAAUUAUUAAGAAAAAUUAAAGUUUUAGAAAAAGAAAAGGAGUUUUCGAACAUUAAAUAUGAUGAAUUAAAAAAAUUCUUAAAAAAAAUCUUAAUCUCGCUUUCUCAAGGAGCAAAGCAUGAAUUAGCAGUUGAGUUAAAUAAAAAAAUUAAUAGAAAAACCAGUCUCUCAGCUCCGGGGAUGACUAAGGAAUUAAUGUUGAAUAUUGAAAAAAUUGUCAAAAAACAAAAAGCUAAGGAAUUAGAAAGAAAACUCAAUGAAGAAAAAGAAAGAGAAUUUGAGUUGAAAGAAGAUCAAAGUAUUAAUACUUAUCAAAUUCAAUACAAUGUUCAAUAUCAACAAUUAGAAACUGAAACUGAAAAACAAAUCACUGCAUCCUUAACUGAUAAAGAAGUUACUCUUGAAGAACAAAAAGUAAUCAAUAAAACUAUUCUUUUUUUAGGCACUAAAGAAUUAUUUAUUAAUUAUCGACAAGCAACUAUCAAUAAUCUAAUAGAAUGUUAUAAUAGAUUGGAAAAAAGAUUAGGAAGUAAACUCAAUAAAUUUACUAAUGCGGUUAGUAUGACCAACAUUGCUGGCAAGUUGGCAAGCAUUAUUCCCGGAGGGGGAGUGGUGGAAGUUCCCAUUGGAUUAUUAGGAGAUACUAUCAACCUCACCGGAACUAUUAUCCAAGGUAAAGAUUUAGAAAAGUUCACUAAGCAAUUUCAAGAAAUAUUAGUAAGCGAUAAAAAAAACCUAUCUUUAUUUGAUGACUUGAAGAAGACUGAGCAAAGUCCUUUUAGUGAUGAGAAUGAUGUUCUUAGUCAGAGUGUCAGUGGAACUUGA